CUGCUCCGGGCAGAUGUCUAGCUGUCUCUCUUCACCAGCAGAAUCUUCCUUCUCAUGGCUGUCUCAUCUUCGUUCUACCAUAAUGAAGCACAGGGGAAUUCAACCAAGCCAGUGAGAAUCACCGUGCUAGGCGGACACGACUUGAAAGGCGUGAAAGGAGAUGGUCCGGUUACCUUUGUACGUGCCGAGUACAAUGGCGUUAUCCUUGGUGACUCUUCAAAAGUAGAUGCUUCCCCAGAAGGAAAUGUGAAGUAUAAUUUCACCACCACCUUUGACUGCCAGCCGGACGGGCCACACACUCUGGAUGACAUUGCACACAAACCUUUAUUAUUCACUGUGAUUGAAGUCUUACCGAAGGAGAAGAAGCAGAAAGACGAGAAGACUGUGACCCUCAGUCAAGCCGCGAUGGACCUUCUGCCUCUCUUGGAAGGAUCGUGUGAAUUUAAUGCAACACUUCCGCUCUACCCUGUGCCUGGCUCUCCCCUGGAGACCCUCCGACCAGAGGCCAAGAGUAGAAAAAGGCAGCCAGGAGGAUGGAAUAGACUGAAUCUUAACCUAGAGACCUGCGGCUGGAUCAUGCUGGCCUAA